UCUAUUAUUGGCCUAACCAAGGUUUAUACAUAUUAUUGAUGAUGGACAAAACUUGUUUAGUAGACACUGAAAAAAAAUUUCACGAGAAAAAUAAAAGUUUAGAUGAUGAAUUAAAACAGCAUGGCCAUAUUUUAUAUGAGUUAUUGCAAGAAAAAAAUAAGUACUUGAAGUACCAUGAAGUUGAAGCUGAUGUACCAGAAGAUAGCCAAUCAUUAUUCCACUACAAGUAUAUUUUACCACUUGUUCAAGAAAUUCACCUGCUAGAGUUACAAGUCAAAGAGAGACAACAAAAUUUGGAGGACAAAAAACUAAAACAUGAAGCCAACAAACUUGGUCAAAAAAUACUGACAGGUUCUCUUGACCCAGAGGACUGUGUGCUAAAGCAAUGUGCAAGUGAUCUUAUACAUUUGUCCCAAAAAGCUGCCAACCAAUCACAAGAUGUGGUAUCAGAUUCAUGGAGUAUUGGCAACAUGGUCUACAACCCUUGCUUGACAGAUGAAAACAUUUUAAAGGAAAGCUUAGCAUUUACUGUACUAAAUAAAGGUGUUCAUGUACGAGUGAGAAUUCAAUCAAAAACAGCUUUCACCAACAAACAUUUCUUGUUGCCAACUGAGGCUAGCUUUUGUGUUGACAGUGAUACAUUUAUUGAAGGUUUACAAGACAUAGUGUGCUCUGUUUUCUGUGGAGAUAGAUCUAUACUUGAUGUUGUCCAGUUUGUUUCAGAGUAUAUUGAAAAUGACAUGGCCCCUUAUGUUAUCAUUGUGCCCAUGAGAAAAAAGAAAAAGGUUAAAAAAGAAAGCAUUAACAAAACUUAAAAUCUCAGCUCAUUGAGUUUUAAGUUUACAAUGAGAA